GGACGCGCCGAAUGAGAAAUGAUUUCGGAAAGAGAAGGACCUGGGGCACCGUACCACAGUCUUCUUCGUCGUCUUGGGGGAAAAUAAGGUGAAAGUCGUUCACCAGGUAGUACUUGUAUGGUUCAUGUUCAAUGGUCAGUGCAGGAUUUAAUAAACUGACAACAGACCGUGAACGACCAUUCGUAUAAAACCAGUUUCACGGUAAAAAGUUGGUUUAGUUUGAAAACUGGUAAGACAAACAGUUGAAAGUCUGUCUCUAGAGACAGAACAGACUCUGAGUGCUUCUUCUUCAACAAAAAACACGUGGUAGGUGUGAAUGACUAACUUUUUGGCAGAAGAAACAGGAAAUUAAACUUUAACAAAAGACAAAAUGACACUCAUUCAACCGUCGCCCGAUAUGCAAGUUAUGAUAAGGAAGGAACUCAAUGAAAAUGUAGAAACCCGCCAGAAGGACUUGGAGCACAUGAAGGAUUGGUUGAAGAAGCAGCCCCAUCUACCAGACACGUGGGAUGAGGAAAGAAUCAUGACCUUCCUGAGAGGCUGCAAGUUCUCGUUGGAGAAAUGCAAGAGAAAAUUGGACAUGUACUUCACAAUGAGAGCAGCGGUACCCGAAAUAUUUACCAACAGAGACGUUACAAGGCCGGAACUUCAGGAAAUUCUUAAAUUUAUUAACAUCCCGCCGUUACCCGGUUUAACCCCUAAUGGUCGUAGGGUGGUUUGCAUGCGUGGCGUAGACAAAACCGUGAUGCACCCGAAACCCGAGGAUGCCAUGAAAUUGGUCUUCAUGAUAGGUGACAUAAGACUAGCAGCCGAAGAAGUUGGGGUUGCUGGAGACGUGUAUAUACUAGACGCAAGCGUUGUGACGUCGGGUCACUUUGCCAGGGUGACCCCGGCACUUGUUAAAAAAUUUUUAGUCAUUGUACAGGAGGCUUAUCCAGUGAAACUUAAGGAAGUGCAUGUCGUAAAUGUGCAUCCCCUGGUCGAUGUCAUAUACAAUUGGGUGAAACCGUUUCUCAAAGAAAAAAUCAAAAAUAGAGUUUACAUUCACGAAAAUUUCGAUUCGCUUUACAAAUACGUUCCCAAAGAUAUGUUACCUGAGGAGUAUGGAGGAAGUGCAGGAAAAAUGCAAGAUUAUCAUGAACAAUGGAUUAAAAAAAUGGAAGAAUACGGACCUUGGUUUAAAGAGCAGGAAGAGUACAAAACAGACGAGUCGAAACGACCUGGCAAACCGAAAAGUUAUGACGAUAUCUUCGGAUUAGACGGCAGUUUCAGGCAACUCAAAAUAGACUAAAAUACGACCCUGGAUAUUGAUAAAUAAUGACAUAAUUUGCUCUCUCAAAAGUAAAUUCCGCCUUUGUAUCAAUCAGGACGUCUAAAUAGCUUUAAUAAAAAUAUAAAUAAACGUAUCAGUUUUAGUAAAGUUCCUUGUAGAUAAAAUUUUUCUGGUGCAGUUUUUUUUCUUUUAAAUUUUAUUAC